AUGAACUCCCUCUAUCUCACAGUCAUCAUCUUCCUCUCCAUCAUGAUCGCUCUUUUCCUGGUCGUCUGCGCCAUCGUCCUUCUCAAAAUCAACACCCAACAAGCAAAAUUGAAGAGCAAGCCAAUCAAUCCGCUGGAACAAAGCGUCAUGUUCUUCGAAAACAUUUUCGACCCAUUUUCUCCGCUCAAGAAAGCACCACUCUGCAACAGAACUGAAGAGCCUUUUGUUUGGUAUGCUCCUGAUGCGCCAGAAGUCAUGAGACAUCCAGCAGAAGAUGGGCUAGCUUCGCAAACGAUCAUUGGAACGAUGAAUUUUAAGCCAAAGCGCUUUUCGACAAUGGUGAAUUUGAGUGAUUUUGAAGCUGUUGUCUGA